AGGAGACGGGAGGGCGGACUGGGCGAUGGACGGAGCCGAGCUCGGCGCCAUGUAUCCCUCUGUCAACUGCUCCCACUUGGAAUUAAAACUGUCCAUCCUGGAGCUGCUGGAGAAGGCAGCCUACAAGGACCUCUGCAACGACAGCAGCCGAGAAGAGCCUUACUUUGACCCCGAAGACCUGAACAUGACCAUAGAGGAGCUCCGCCUGAAGUACUUGGGGCCUCGCCGGUCGGGGUUCUUCGUCCCCAUCUGCACCACGUACCUCCUGAUUUUCGUGGUGGGCGCCGUGGGCAACGCCCUGACCUGCCUGGUCAUCAUCCAGCACCGGUUCAUGAGGACACCCACCAACUAUUACCUCUUCAGCCUGGCCGUCUCCGACCUGCUGGUCCUCCUUCUGGGCAUGCCGUUGGAGAUCUACGAGAUGUGGAGCAACUACCCGUUCCUUCUGGGCGCAGGCGGCUGCUGCUUUAAGACGCUGCUCUUCGAGGCCGUCUGCUUCGCCUCCAUCCUCAACGUGACGGCCCUCAGCGUGGAGCGCUACAUCGCCGUGGUGCACCCUCUCAAGGCCAAGUACGUGGUGACCAAGAACCACGCCAAGAGGGUCAUCGUCACUGUCUGGGUCCUGUCCAUCAUCUGCUCCAUCCCCAACACCAGCCUCCACGGAAUCCAGACCCUCCACGUCCCCGCCCGGGGGGUGGUCCCCGACUCGGCCACCUGCACCCUGGUCAAGUCCCGCUUGAUGUACAACCUCAUCAUCCAGGUGACCACCAUCAUCUUCUUCUUCGUCCCCAUGGGCGUCAUCAGUGUCUUGUACCUGCUCAUUGGCCUACAGCUCAGGAAGGAGAAGAUGCUGGAAGCUCUGGAGGCCAAGUCGGCCAGCAACUGCGACUACCACAACAUCCGCCUCCAGCAGAAGAAAGUCCGCAGGAGGCAGGUGACCAACAUGCUGUUCGCGCUGGUGGUCGUCUUUGGGAUCUGCUGGGCUCCCUUCCACACCGACCGCCUGGUCUGGAGCUUCGUGACCCACUGGACCGACCGGAUGCUGGGGAUGUUCCAGUAUGUGCACAUCAUCUCGGGCGUCUUCUUCUACCUGAGCUCGGCCGCCAACCCCAUCCUCUACAACCUGAUGUCCACCCGCUUCCGGGAGAUGUUUAAGGACGUGAUGUGCCGCCGGCGCUUCCAGAAGCUGGGCUCGCGCAAGCACUCGCCCAGCAGCACUCGCGUCACCAUGCGCAGCACCGUCUCCGAGCACGUCGGCGGAGGCGACGGGCAGCCGCUGUCCGACCUGGAGGACUACGAGGCCGACCCGGAGAGGGAUGAGGCGGAGGAGUGCGAGGGCCCUUUCCUCUGAAGAGGAAGCCACAAGUCCAGCCGCACAUGUCUUAGGAGGACGGAACUUUCCGCUUGUGCCGCGAGGCACCGCCGGCGCUUGGCGGCGUUGUGUAAAAUAAUGUGUUGGGGUGGGGGCCUGGUCCUGCCUGGACUCGCCUCCGUUCCCGGCUGCUUCGCCCUCAGGAACUCAACCGUGUUAUGAACAGAGGGCUUUCUUUUGUAAAGGGGCGCACAUGAAUGUCUUUCUCGGCCCCUUGUUGUAAAAACAUCACCAUCACAAAGGGUGUGUGGAUGUGAGUGCAAAGGGGACCCUCGUUUCUGGGUUCCCUAAUUCGGCUUACGCUUUUCAAAAUGGCCGCUUCUGACUCUGCCUUCAAAAUGGCGGCCGCAAAGAGGGCGGGGCAUGAGGCUGCUCCCAAAUCCAUGCGCGGCGAGGCGCAUGGCGGGAGGUUCUAGAAAGUUCCGUGGGAUUUCCACACCCUUUCCCCUUUCCGAUUUCGGAUUCAAUCUAAAAGAGAUUAGGGGAGGGGACUUCGCCCUUGGCGGUUCAUGUCCCUCUCAUUGUCCCUGUUUUUCUAACUGUGGUUGCCCCGCGGCUGCCGUGUGCUUGGUUUGAACCUAUUUAUUUAUUUAUUUUGUUGUAGUGAUAUUCCCAAUUUUUUUCUCCAAAGGCAGCAUGCGUGGUUCUCCCCCUUCCCUCCUGGUUUAUCCCCUGCACAAAACCCCUGCGAGGUAGGCCAGGCUGAGGGGUGGUGAGGAAAGAAGACACUGGAUGCUGUAUCCAUCCUUCAUCCCUUUCAGAAAAUCACCCAGUGAGCCUCACGGAGGAGUAGGGACUUGAACCCUCGUCUCCAGAUUCAUGCAUGUGUGUGUUGCAUUGCUGCUGCUCUACAUUUGCAUAACUGUACGUUUAUUUAUUUAUUUUUCUAGGCUUCGGCACCCUGCCUUUCCCUCAAGAUGUUUCACGUGGUUUAACCCAAAAGAAAGUAUUUUUCAGUUUUAAAGAAAGUAAGCAUAACUCAGGGUUGCCAUACGUCCGGAGUUUCCCAGACAUAGCCAGCAAUCGGCCGUCGGAAACAGAGUCAGGGCAGAAAUCGCUUUAAACUUCUGGGGAAAUCCAAAUGUAUGGCAACCCGUGUCGGCACUGCCGUCGUUGGCGAUUUCCUUCAAAAACAGCUCAAAAACUGUGUGUGUUUUUUUCGAGAUUUUGCAAGAAGCAAAAAAACUCAGCAACUUUGGGCAAAACUAAAAAAAAAAAAGCCCAACAUUUGAUUUCCACUUUUUGAAAUAUGGCAAAUAACUCUAGAAGAGAAAGGCCAAAAUCUCAUCCAGUCUAGGAGCUCCAAAAUUAAGUGUCCAAGAAGGACCUGAAUGCAUAUAUAUUUUGUAUUUUUUUUAUCAGCCAGGUUUUUUUUUAAUCAUCAAAGGCAAAUGCGGUGCUAGGGGCAUAACUGAGGUGGGAAAGAUUAUGUGUGGGGGGGGGGGCUUGGAGAAGAUGGAUAUUGAUAUUUUUUUUCUCUGUGUCUCACCAUACGAGAACUCAGGGGCAAUGAAUGUUGGACGAUUGGGGGCAGGCAAAAGAAAUUUGUCACGCAGUGCAUAGUUUAACUGUGGAACUCCCUGCCACCAGGAUGGAGCAAUGGCCACCAAGUAGAAUGAGGACUGGGACACAUCCAGGAAGGAUAAAGGCCGUCAGUGGCUACUAGCAGUCAGGAGGUCCCUGACUUCCAGGUUCUGGGAGUCAUAGGUUGAGGCUGGGGUCUUCUGGUGCCACUUGUGGGCUUCUCAGAGCUAUUUUGGCUGGCCACUGUGAUCGUAAGAAGGUAAGAGAUUUAGUGCGGUGCAGGAGGUUCCCCCGCAGGGCACUGAGCUGAGAGGGUGCAAAAUCGAGAAGAUCCAUAAUUAAAUUUAAAUUUUUUUUAAAAAAAAACCCUUUUUAUUAAAUUUUCCACUUUAACAAUCCAAUCACAUCACAUUAAAUAUUCCAAAUUAUACAUAUACAUAUCAAAUAAUCCGAAUAUUCUGCCAGAUUAUAAAUAGGACUUCCCAUGCUUCAAGUUCGGAGGGUUCUGAUCAUCUCAUAUCGCUACUGCUUUUCACAGUCACUUCCAAUGGUUCCUCUAAUUCUAUUAACCUUCCUUCUUUCACGGCCUCUGAGUUGUUCCCACAAGCGAGUUAAAACAUUUUUUAUUUCACUAGCCAAAGACCAUGGCAACAUCCCAAGAAGAGGGGAGAAAACAAAACAAAACAAAACAAAACAAAACAAAACAAAACAAAACA